AUGUUAGAGUCAGUGGAGGUUGAAAAUGCCAUAAGGCAGGAGACCGCCAUGGGCGAAGUCUACUAUAUCAACAAAAUCACUGGGGAAAAAGUUAUCAAAGGAUCAAGAAGGCCUGAUGGAUCUAUUCGUAAGGAUAUAAAGGUCCGUCCUGGUUAUAUACCUAAGGAUGAACAAAGCGUAUUCGUCCCAAGGGUACGACACAAAACUAAUGAAAUUAGUGCCAAGUCAACAUCGGUACCUGGAUGGGACGAUUCCAUGGCACCUAACGGUUCAAAUAAUAAAUUCAAAACAAAUAAUAAUGCUAGGAUUAAGAAUAAAAAAAGGAAUAACAAACAGGAUAAAUGUUUUGAGAUAAUAGAAGGUGUGGAAGCUAUUAAAAUUUCACAACAGGAAGAAAAGGAGGCGGGGAAGACUAUGUCCAAAGAUAACAAAAUACGUAACUUGGCUAAGAGCUGA